AUGCUCCAGCUCCUCACCCUCGCUCUCGCUGCCACGACUGCCUUCGCCACGCCCACGCCGGAGCGUCGCGACAGUGUCGUCACUCUGACCUCCGAGCAGAUCGCACCUUGGAAGAACCUGGCAUACUAUGCCUCCGCUGCCUACUGCGCGAGCUCAAAGAUCAAGAGCUGGUCGUGUGGUACAGCAUGCAAGAACCUCGCCACCCCGCAGACCGUGUACGCCACCGGCGGCGACAAUGCCCAGACUCCGUACUGGUACGUUCUCAACAACGGUAGCGCCAUUAUCGUCUCCGUCUGUGGCACCAACGCUCUGUCGUACGCAAGCAUCGCCGUCGACAUGGACUACACGCCCACCGCUCCCGACUCGACUUACUUCCCCAACCUCAGCGGCGCCAAGCUUCACCACGGCUUCUACUCGGCUUUCACCCGCAUCGCGCCCGGCGUCGCCACUGGCGUCCAGUCUGGCCUCGACGCCGGUAUCACGGACGUGAUUGUCAUUGGUCACUCGCUCGGUGGCGCCAUCGGACACCAGCUCGCUACCUACCUCCAGCAGAAGUUCACCAGCGCCACCGUGUACGGCCGUCUCUUCGCGUCGCCUCGUGUUGGUAACCAGGCCUGGGCCGACUACGUCGACAGCACCCUCGGCACCCGCGCCCAGCACAUUGUCAACUACAACGAUGCCGUCCCCCAGUCCCCUUCGCAGGCCAUGGGCUUCCAGCAGAGCAGUAACGAGAUCUGGAUCGCCAACGCUGCUGGCACCAAGUACAUUGCCUGCCCCGGCCAGGAGAACAAGGCUUGCCAGGACAGCCUUGCUGCCGCCACUGGCACCUCGGUCCACCUUGGACCUUACGCCGGCGUCACCAUCUCGGGCUGCUACUACUAA